ACGAGACGAGCAGGCAGAGGCAGCACGGUCGCCGCGAGCGAGCUCCUCCGCCUUCGACGUAGAAGCGUAGGGAGGGAUGGGGAGGGGACGGGGAGUGAGCAGCAGGGGAGGGCAGAGCUCGCUGGGCUACCUGUUCGGCGGCGGCGAGGUGGCGGCGGCCGCGAAGCCGAAGCCGAAGCCGGUUGCGGAGGCAGCGGCGGAGACGACGCCGUCGCCGGUGAAGAAGACGUCUCCGGCGCCGUCGGUCUCGGAGAAGAUGAAGGAGAUCCCCGCCGGCAUCCAGAGCAGCCAGUCGAACAACUACUUCCGGGCGCAAGGGCAGAACUGCGGCAACUUCCUCACGGAACGGCCGUCGACCAAGGUGCACGCCGCUCCGGGCGGCGGCUCGUCGCUCGACUACCUCUUCGGCGGCGCUGGCGGCAAGUGAUGGAAGAAAUAACAUGAUUAUUUUUCUACCUGCUCCGCGUAGAUGUAUGCCGUGUGUGUUCUUUGUUUAUUGUGUGAUUUAUAUAAGAAAACCUGACGAGUCCUGCCAGCUUUGAUGGCUGUAUGAGGCUAUCAGAUACUGGACACUGUUAUAUAUGUUGAGAUGAUGUUAGUGUGCUUGAAGUGCAGUUGUAACCUGUAACAUUUACAUGACCAUGUCUACGUUGGUUUUCCUUUCCAAGUUGUGCAUUGAUGGAUAAGUCACCUUGAAUAAGUUGGGAAAAACUGCUCUUGUGAA